AGACAGUUAUAUAAAUAAAACAGGCAACAUUAUCCUUGUGCCUGUCAUUGUCAUUAGCAACUCCGAUGAUUUUUAGUGGUAGAGUUUUUCUAAAGCUAGGUGUAUUACUAGCUGGAGGUAUAUUUCUCGUUAGGUCCGAGAAAUGUGUCAGCAAGGAUUUUGGAAAUGGAGGAACUGUAUGCGUUUGUAACUCCACGUAUUGCGACACGUAUGAACCAGUCAAACCAGUGCCCAGUAACCAAUACAUCGUGAUAACAUCCAAUAAAGCUGGUCUAAGAUUCAACAAAGAUAUCAGAAACUUUACCUCUAACACAUCGGGGAAACAGUGUGUCAUACCCAAAGAUGAUAAAGUCUGUGAGACUGUGAGAACAACGGACUACAAAGUAUGUGGCGCUAGCCCAAAAUCUCUUCUUACGUCAGGAUCAACUAUCUACAUUGACUCAUCUAUUGGAUAUCAAGAGAUAAAGGGUUUUGGUGGAGCCAUCACUGAUGCAGCUAUGGUAAAUGUGGCAAAUAUGAGUGCUUCACUUAAGAAACACUUGCUAAGGUCAUAUUUUUCACACGAUGGGCUUAACUACACCAUAGCCAGAGUUCCUAUGGGUUCGACAGAUUUCUCAACUCGACUGUAUUCCUAUAUUGACAGUGACACAAAUGAAGUAAACUGUGUGGAUCAUACUUUAAAAAACUUUAAGCUAGCACCAGAAGAUAUCAAUCUUAAGAUUCCAUUUAUUCAUGAAGCACUUAAGCUACAAAAGAAUCUGAAACUAUUCACGUCGACGUGGGUUAUCCCCAAAGCGUACAAAGAAAACAACAGCUAUAUGGGAUUCGUGGGUUUUGUCAGAAAAGAAGUCUACCAGUUGCUUGCUAAUUACUACGUCAAAUUUUUCGAUUUAUACAAACAACAUAACCUAACGUUCUGGGGUCUUACAACCAGUAACGAACCUUUUAUAGCCAUGGCAGAGUAUGUCGGUACUCCUGGAACUUUAUGGUACCCGGAAGACUUGGGUUAUUGGAUUAGGGAUUACCUAGGUCCUACAUUGAAGAAGUCAGCUCACAAACAUCUCACACUUAUGACUGUAGAUGACCAAAGAAGCUUGUUACCAUUUGUUCCACAGAUACUUAGAGAUAAUAAAACCAAAGAAUACGUGGAUGGAAUUGCAGUGCAUUUUUAUAAGGAUCUUAAUAACAACACCUACCUAUUAGACGAUGUUCACAAACAAUACCCUGACAAGUUCCUUUUGGCUACAGAAGCCUGCGUUGGAACAAUGGGUGUUGUCUUGGGUGAUUGGUCUAAGGGCGAAGUAUAUGCUUAUGAUAUUAUGCAGGACUUGAAUCACUGGGUGACAGGUUGGGUAGAUUGGAAUAUAGUUCUGGAUGAUAAAGGAGGUCCCACCAUCGCUGCCGGAAGGGAUUCUCCAAUAAUAAGUAUUAAAUCCGAAUUUUAUAAGCAACCACUUUAUUACGCAAUCGGACACUAUUCCAAAUUUCUACCAGUAGGUUCCAAGAGAAUUUAUUCAUCCCAAUGUAAUGCUGACCACUUAGUAUCUCAAGUUGCUUUCAAACGGCCGGAUAGUGGAAUAGUAGUGAUCAUUUUAAACAGGCAUGAUCAACCAGUGCAGAGAAAACUAAUCGAUUGCAAGAGGAAUAGCACGAGUAUUACUUUAGAUCUAAGUGCGCACUCGAUAACAACUGUGUUGUAUUGGUAAAAACAUAUCAAAAUGUAAAAUGUUAAUUUUAUUGUAAAAAUUGUUGUAGACUAAUAAAUUUUUUCACUAA